CUAGUAGCACAGAUUAAUAGUAGUGCGAUUGCCGCGCGGCUUUGAUAAGGCGUCGUGAAAAAUGUCUACCGAAGCUAGUAACGAUUUCUCUCGCGAUCUCAAUACAAAACAUUUCAUAAGGGAGGUUCAACUUCGACCAGCCAUCUGGGAUCCCUCGUGUGAUGAUUAUAGCGAUAAAAAGAGAAGAAGGGAAUGUUGGGAGGAACUGACCUAUUUGUUUUUGGCCAAAAGUAAUAUAUCGACACCAGUCACGGAGGCAGAACGGGAAAUAUUUACAAGACUGCUACAAAAAAGAUGGAAAAAUGUUCGAGAUUGUUUCACAAGAGAAUUAAUGAAGUACAAGGGAGUCGGUCCCAGAAGAAGUACCUAUUUGUAUUUCAAACAGUUGUCUUUCUUAAAAGAUGUUGUUAAACCUGACAACAGAAGAGCAAAAAUGAAAUCUUCAAUAGCUGAAACUAGACGAGUUGUGAAACAAGAACCACAAUUUACUUCUAUUCCAAAUGGAAACUUUUGCCGUGAUACAACGCCUGAGAAUCCUAACGACCCACUGGCAUCUACAAAGGAAACUGAAGUCCAUUUAGAAGAAGAUUGUGACCGUAUGUUUCUUUUAUCUUUGUUGAAGCCCUUGAAGAAAAUACCAGAAGAUAAACGCUUCGAUGUUAAAAUGGAAAUAAUGCAAGUUAUUCAUAUCGCUCAGCUCUCACUUCAAAAUGGUGUUACGCAGUUUGAAGGAGAAACAUCUUCCGCUUUGAACAUAGAAGAAGACCAUAGUUUAGAUUCCAUCAGAGAACCACUUACGCCCACUUUGUCUGAUAAUAGUGAUAUUGUAUGAAUAAAUUCAGUUCUAUACAUC